AUGAUUUCAUUGUUCUUACAGAGCGUAUAUUGCAGGAAAGUUACAGGAAGAUAUACUGAAAGUAAGUUAUGGGAUACACUUGAAGAAAACUUACUAAUUGUUGAUUGCGUUUUUUCCAAUCUUGGGGGAACGACGGCAUACUCUCCGGUGUGGAUAGAUGGUGGAUUGGGAAAUAAAAUCGAAGUAUUGAAAACAAUGUUCCUUGAAUGCUCUGCUCAAACAAAUGGUCCAUUUGCAUUUGAAGGAGAAUUCUACCUCAAAAUGGAUAAAGUUUUGGAUGCCAGAAAUUAUGCAGGCAGUGGAAAUAAUGGAGUUAUGGGAAGAAUCUCUACCUCAGGCGAGUAUAACAUUACUAUGUCUUCAUUCAUUGAUAAUACGGGUGGUGCGAGGAACAUACGUCUCGAGAAUACUCCAAGAUUCUUUGAGAACUUAAAUGUUUCAGGAAACUAUGCUUCAAGUUUAGGCCAUGGGUAUGCGUAUGGAAACUUCCUACUUGACCAUGCCAAAACAUCCCCUGUUGUAACAUGGUGCAAUUUCGAAGAAUGCCGCUCAUCAUGUGGUAUUCUAUACAUUGCAAGUAAUACAGGACAAACAGUUGUUCAACAUUGUAACUUUGUUAAAAAUCAAGUUGAUGGCUAUGGUGCAAUUGGUGUUCAACACUCCAAACCUGUUACAAUUAAGGAUACUAUUUUCUAUGGUAAUAGAUAUAAAAAGAGUCCUGUUGUAUAUGCUUUGAAUACUGUAGCUCAAGUAAGUGGUUGUUAUCUUGAUGUAAAUGAUUUUGAAGGUGUAUCUUCAAUUGAGAAUAAUAUGGUUACAUCAAAGAAGCCUUAUGAAAUGACAUUAUUUGCAACUGAAAGAGUCAAGGCAGCUGUUCCAUAUACUCCUGAAACAUCAACAAACAAUAAUGGUAACAAUAAUGGAAAUUCAGGAAAUAACAAUGGAAACACAGGAAAUAACAAUGGAAACCAUCAAUCAUCAGGAGAAGGCGAAGCUAAUGCUUCUACGCAGAGCGAUGGCACACCAGCUAACCAAACAGAAGGCUUCUUCAUGAAGAAGGCAGGCUCACUCAGAGUAUGGAUGAUCUUUGUCAUUGUUGGAUGCGUUCUCAUUGUUUUCAUCAUUUGUGUUGUUAUUUACAGGAAGAAACAUCACCAUCACCAUCAUCACCACCAUCACCACAAAGGAGAUGGUGAUGACGAAGAUGAAGAGGAAGAAAAUGCUGAGGCCGAAGAAGCACCUCAGCCAUAA